UUUAUAUUUCGGAAGUAACAACAAAAUGGUGUUUAAUCAUCACAGUUCUGUCGGAUUUAUUUUCAUGAUUCAUUACAUCAUAUUGUUCAGCUUUUCUGAAAGAUCAGAGAGUUUAGUCCAAUAUUAUCCACAGAAGAAAACUUGGUGGGAUGCUUCUCAUUUCUGCUAUGAGAAAGAUGGGUCAUUAAUGGCUAAUGACGGGUUAAAUACCAGUAUUAAACAUAUGCCGAUUGAUCUUUCUGGAGAACAAGAAUUCUGGACAAGAAAUAAAGUGUACUCCGAAUGGAUCACAAUUUACGGAUGCCUUAGACUGGAUAAGCUUUUUCCAAACAAAUACAAGUUGUUAACGCCUGAUGACAGGGAUUUCACCAUGGCGUGCUAUAUACAUUGUUACAAGGGCUAUAACAUGAAUACAUUUUUCAUAGUGAAGGAAUCCUAUUGCGCAUGUAUAGAUACUAAAUAUAUAUCAGACAACGUUGACUUAAUCGAUUAUCGCCAAAAUUGUGCUAGAAUAUGCAAAGAUGGUAUUGGGAUUUGUGGUGAUUUCAUUGAAAAUGCAGAGUUUGUAACUGUUUACAGAACAAUCAAUACCGGAUUUGAUAAUUACCCUCAAUUGCACAGUUACUACAUUUCUCUUGGAGGACUUGAGAGGGAAUGUCUUGCACUUAACUGUUCAAAUGGUAAAUCACAUAUAAGACCAUGUGAUGAAGAAAAUGAUGCAGUGUGUUCAGACGGAAUAUCAGAAGUGAUAGUGUGCGAUGAUGCUACGUUACUUUGUGUUGGUGACGAGACAAUCAAGAUAGAUCGUGCUACAUUUGGUCGGGAUAAGAAAUCCCAAUGUUUUGACGAUGAAUAUAUAUCUACAUGUAGUAGUGAUUCUCCUUUUGAUAUUAUAAGCGACAAUUGUAAUGACGAGACCAAUUGUAGCGUUGAGUCCUCCGUUGAAUUGUAUGGAGAUCCAUGUAACGGAUUAGACAAAGACUUAAAGAUAAACUAUCACUGUGAAGAUACGUUAUAUCCAUUAGCUCAAGGAUUUGUAAAGUGA